UAAUAAAGUUUUAACGACCGUGAAAUGAGUAAAUUCUAAUAUUCUAGUACAAAUGCUCUCUCAGGAGAGCUAAGUUUAUCGAUAUGAAAUAUAUUAUUUUUAAUGGUUACGUAAAUUGCAUUUGCUUUAUUAGUAUAUUUAUCAUUCAUAAUGUUUUAGUAUCCUCAGUUCCCCUAGAAACGACAAUUCCCCCAAAUCUGCAUACGGUCCUGAGGAACACCAAUGGCAGCCAGGUCUUGAAAAUCCUAAACAACACUAGGAGAAUCGUCGUCGGCACCGAGUCUGGAGACACCAGGCCGUACAUGGUGUACCUAAAGCUGCCAACUAGCAACCCAAAAUACAAGGACUACGCGCGCUGGCUGUGCGGCGGAGUGAUCGUUCAUGAGGAGUAUAUCCUCACGUCAGCCGCUUGCAUUGAGGACGCCAGGCAUUUCUAUGUGGUCUCCGGUACUUUCAAACAUGAUGAACAUGAUGAUCGCUACAACAACCCGUGUAUCAAGUACGGAGCUAAGAAAGCCAUUUGGAAAUGUAUUCCUAGAAAUUACGUGUUCGAUGGCCAUGAGAACGACAACAUCAGGUGGAUGAACAAUGACAUUGCAAUCGUGAAAGUGGACGAAGAAUUCGACUUCACUCGUCGAGUCCGCGGCUGUGACUUCGUGCCCCGUCCGAUCUGCUACAACAACCAAAGUGCCAAACUUGAGGCUCCUGGCACCUUCGGCACUAUCGCGGGUUGGGGGAGCACGCUUAGAUAUAACGAUAACAGUCCUUCUGUGCAAAACCUUCUCGAAGCCGGCGUGCAGUUGAUCCCGAAGACUCGCUGCAAGAGAAGAUGGGGUAAGCGUUACCACAACAUCAUCGACAACUACAUGAUCUGCAGCCAGGAUCUUAGUCAGGACGUCAGUCAACUUUGUGCGGAAAAAUACGUCGACUGUACAGAAAUAACGUAUGACGAUGAAGAUGAGGACGGAGAUACGAGAAGAAUCCUGGACCCUGAGAAGUUGUUGCUCCACUCGGCAUAUCACAACUCUUCACAAGGCCUCAAUGAUAGCAGGAGGCAAGAUCAUUUCACUGGAGGUGGAUUCUGCGAGAACGACCACGGCGGUCCUCUGAUCUACGGCGAAGGCGUCAAUGCUAUAGUGAUCGGAAUCAUUUCCGCGUGUCUUGUCAGAGAGAGGACCAAUAUAUGCCACGGCCCGUUCCUCUACACCAGCAUCUACAAGAACCGAGUCCUCAUCAACUGUGCUAUCUACAAGAACGUUGGAAACUGCAAUAAGUUAUUCCGGGCUAGUGAGACUCACAUAGAAGUUGAAAUGAGUUGGGCGGAUCAUCCAGAUGGGCCAGCGAAAAAUGAAAUAAAGAAGAUGAGACGUCAAGUGGGCAGCGUGACCAAACCAGUGAAUGCCACGACAUUGGCUACUUCAGACGUAGUCGCGCAACAUCAAGGCGUAGUCAUUCGCUCGUUGGUCAACGUGACUAACACAAAAGUGACUACAAUGCAAGCCAAGAGUACUAUCGCCAAGGCUACGGCAGCCGUGACCGUGUGAUUUAUGAAUAAAUUUUAUGAUAACA